AUCGACCAGUGCAUGGCGGAAGGGCGAGUGCGCGCGCGCGUGUGUGAGUGUUCGUGUUAAGCGUAUAUUGGCUUGGGCAGGAACGUGCACGUAGCUCGUGCAGUGUGAUUUUGCGACACGCUGACCAAUGUUUCGUGGAGGCAUUCUAUUGGCCCAGUUGUUUCGAAUAAGUACACGGGAUUAUAUUACCAACGGCUAUCUGCUAGUGUGACAGCUGAGUUGUGACAGAGGGUGUAAAAGUGAUCUGUUAUGGCCCCAAAAAAGAUGGACUUCUUGGGACGGAAAGUUGACCAUCAGCAUCUAGGCCUACACUCGUACAUUGGCGCUAAAGAUCACUUGUACCAGAUUCUUUACCGUUCUCUAGUGUCAAUGGAAGGACCAGAAAUGCUCCAUGGUGGCCACGGAGGAAUCUUCAACUUGGAAUUUUCACCUGAUGGCUCAAUAUUGGUUGCAGCCACAGAAGGCAAAAGCAUCCUGAUGUUUGAUCCGCUCAGCCGGAGGCUUACUAGGGAAGUGAAAAAUGCACACGCCGACUGCGUGAACAAUGCUAGGUUCCUUGACUCCCGAACGUUUGCCACCUGCUCUGACGAUACCACAGUGGCAUUGUGGGAUGUGCGAAACAUGAGGAGGCAGAUACGUUCUUUUAUUGGUCACUCCAAUUGGGUCAAGAACAUCGAGUACGCGUCGGCAGAGAAACUGCUUGUGACAUCUGGCUUUGACGGAAGCAUACACACAUGGGACAUAAAUAAGGGUACUGACACGGAUGGUGGAAGGUUCUCAGAGAAUGGGGUAGAGUUCCAGAGAGUCUUUUACACAAAUGGGCUCAUGAGGAUGCGCCUAACCCCAGACAGCAAGAAGAUGGUGAUUUGUACAACAGGGGGUUACUUGAUGGUGAUUCAUGACCUCAACUUGCGCACACUGGCUUACGACUUACGUGGGUUUAAGCUUCCAAAGAUGCACCACUGGCAAGCUUCUGGCAAAGCAGCCUACCAUGUGGGGGACUGCAGUUUCCAUUACUUCACUGCACGUCGCAAUAGGGUUGAGCUCAUCUGUGACUUCCCGAGUGAGAAUGAUGCAGAGAUAAUCUCCUCCCUCCAGGUUCAUCCACAUGGGUGGUGUGUCUUAUCUCGCAACACGAGCAGGAAUGAGAAAUCAGAGUGGACCUGUGUGCACGACAUCCAAGAACACCCGCCGCAAGAGAGUGCAGCUGGUAGUAGCGCCUGCGAAGACAGAAAUUGGCCCGACACAGACUUUGAGAUCGAGGAGGAAAUUCUAGUUGGAGGAGGCUUGGCUGGCGGUGAAGACAGGGGACAGCAGCAGCCGGGUAUUGAGCAACUGUGGGAUGGCAACUGGGAGCAGCUGUGGGCGACACCAUCAGUGUUCAUUGAGGAAGAGUCCGAGGGGGAGUCUGACGAUGUCCCGGAGUCUCGCGUUUUCCACGUGUCGUUGGAUGCUCCAAAUGGCUCCCCAGUGGUGAGCGAGGGCACCAUGGAGGAUGCCAUGGCACUGCUAUCUGGCGAGCCACCCCUUACGGGCCUGCAGUUAAUGGGCAGUCCUGGUUCUUCCAAGGAUGUGCGAUGCAAGGCCUCCCAGCAACGGCUGCUGUACUAUACUGAGGAGUGCAAUGAAGGGAGAGGAUGGAUCAAGGAACUAUGUUUUAGCACCGAUGGUAGACUUGUGUGUUCACCGUUUAAGGGUGGUGUCCGCCUCCUUGCCUUUGACGACGACUUCAAAGAACUCUGCGACUGUGUACCUGCUUCUCCACCUCGUGGCCUGGUUAGUGUGCUGACAAAUAAUUGCCACUCCAAAUAUGUUGUGAGCACCAAGUUCUCACCAACCCAUUUCCUUCUGGCCUCUGGCUGCAUGGGUGGACAAGUGUGCUUCCACCAGCCAGUGUUGUGAGUGCAAUGCACCGCUAGUGUGUUUGUGUGUGUGG